AUGAUAUUAUCAUAAAAAAUAACAUUUCCUUACUAAAAGCUAUGCACUUAUAGUAUUGAUACCUAUAAAAGUUGAUUCAAAUGCAACUGAUUACUGAUCAACAGCCUAUGGGCUGAAAGUCUAUAUGUUGUGCCAGUUUGGAGCAUUUGAGGGAUUUGUUUUGUUCAUAAAGAUGCAUUAAUUUCAAGAAAACUAGAAAGGAGAAUUAUCAGUGGAAAUGUAGAAGAUUUUAUUUCAAAAAGUAUGCAAGAAUUGAAGAUGUAAUCAAGGACUACAUAGCAACACAGGUCUAGUAGAGGUGCCAUGGAUGAUGAAGAGCGUCUUGAGGGUGAGGAAGAAAUGGAAUUAGACGAAGCCUCUGAUGGUGAAGAUGAAGAUGAAGAAACAACAGGGAUUCCUGUUUCUCCAGCCAAUUCGGAUCAAUUGCUUGGCCAUUCGUCGACAACUCCUGGUAACAAGGAAGCACAAAAGUUUGUUUCUCUUGCAGUAACCCCGGAUGAAGCUUUUCAUGAUCCUUUACGGUACCAGAAAUUUCCACUUCCUGGAGGUAAACCUUUGAAUAUUCGGCGUGGUCCAGGUAGACCUAGGAAAGAACGUCCACCUGGAAUUACGCGCGGAGGAGGUACUCGUAGACCUUUUGGAAGAGGAACUACUAGGGGUAAAGGUCUUGGAUACGCAAGAGGUGUACCGCGACGUACUAAAAGCAAAGAUGACGAUACGCACUCAGAAUCCCCAAGUCCUCUUCGUCUCGGUGAAGAUGCUACUCCUGACGGAGAGACGUCUAACAGCGAGAGAUGCAUGCCAGCACCAGAAGAACCGCCAUACUUUCCAGAACAAUGGCCUGGCAAAGUAUGCGCUUUCUGUAAUUUGGGUGAACGAAGUCAGCUAGGGCAGGGUGAAUUAUUAAGAUUUACCUGUCCCGAAGGUUUCACCCCUGAAAAGUCUACCAAUCGUGACGAUACAACUGACCAUCUUGUUGAUAUAACCACCGGGGACAAAAGUCCGCGUACAGUGGGUCCUGGUGCUGUCACUUGCCGUAGACAGAAGAGUCUAGCUAAGUGCAGAAAUACUAGUCUAACAAAUUUUACGGAACCAGUGGAGGAAUUAACCAUAGUGGGAUAUUCGGAGGAACCGGAAAUCGGAACAUUAUUUGAAUCAAUCGGGCACUAUUAUGUUCAUCAGUCUUGUGCAGUAUGGUCAAACGGUACCCAAGAAUUAACAACAGAAGCGCUGAGUCCAACAAUAGUACAGGCUUCUUCGAGACGUUGCGCUUAUUGUUCUCAUUAUGGAGCCGGAAUUCCUUGCAAAGUGGCAUCGUGCAAUCGUUAUUUUCAUUUACCAUGCGCUGCAGCCUCGAGUUGUUUCCAGGAUACGAAAACCUUGUCUCUUUUUUGCAGUCAGCACUUGGGACAAGUUCCACUUUUGUUGAAUGGUGAUGUUACUUGUAUACAGUGCUGUGGGAUGGGAGAUGUUUCCAACCUAGUAAUGUGUUCCAUCUGUGGCCAACAUUACCAUGGUAGUUGUGUCGGUUUGGCACUUCUGCCUGGCGUAAGGGCCGGCUGGCAAUGUGUAUCUUGCAGAGUAUGUCAAGUGUGCCGUCAACCGGAGGAUGUAUCGAAAGUAAUGUUGUGUGAACGUUGUGAGAAAGCGUAUCAUCCUAGUUGUUUACGACCAAUUGUUACAUCUAUACCUAAAUACGGUUGGAAGUGUAAGUGCUGCCGUGUAUGUACAGACUGUGGUUCCCGUACACCAGGCGCUGGUCUUUCAUCACGGUGGCAUUCCCAUUACACUGUAUGUGAUUCGUGUUACCAACAAAGGAACAAAGGUUUUUCGUGUCCCCUUUGUAGAAAGGCGUAUCGGGCUGCCGCGUAUAGAGAAAUGGUUCAAUGUAGUGCAUGUAAAAAGUUUGUUCAUGGUACCUGUGACCCUGAGGCUGAUCCAUUAACUUACCAACACCGUAAAGAAGCUAAACCUGACUAUGAAUAUAUUUGUUUACACUGCAAAAAUAUGGCACUUGUAAAAAGGAAAGAUAAUAUCGACGAUUACGGUGGUGAUUUGAGUUUAAGCGCGUCGCAAGAAAGUCUGUACGGUGAUGGAGAUUCGUCUGAGUUCGAUUAUCAAGGGGGAUCAGAGGAAACGCUGUAUUCUAUAGGUCUUGGAAAGGGUAAACCAUUCUGUGCGUCUAAAAUAGCAAAGAAACGAUUAGGUCUCGGCGGUGGUAUCAUCGGGCGACCGAAAGGAAUUGGCAAGGUUGGAUAUCAAAAACGGCAAAAGAUGACAGAAUUUGGAAGGAAACGUGGUCCCAAGGCAAAAAUGAGAGGUAUCUUUGGAGUACCAGGAGUAGGACUACAGAGGCCAAUGUCGGACUCAUUCUCGAAAGAAGAUGAACCAGGCAUCGAGAAUAGACUUGUGUUAUGUUCAGCAAAAGAUAAAUUUGUAUUGACUCAAGAUAUUUGUGUGAUGUGCGGUGCAAUUGGCACUGACCAAGAGGGGUGUUUAAUUGCUUGCGCGCAAUGUGGUCAAUGUUAUCAUCCUUAUUGCGCUAAUGUCAAAGUUACUAAAGUAAUAUUACAGAAGGGUUGGCGGUGCCUUGAUUGUACAGUGUGCGAGGGUUGCGGCGAAAGGAACGACGAGGGUCGUUUGAUUUUAUGCGAUGAUUGUGAUAUCAGUUAUCAUAUUUACUGUAUGGAUCCACCGCUCGAUUACGUGCCGCACGGUACGUGGAAGUGCAAAUGGUGUGCGCACUGUCAAACGUGUGGUUCGAACGAUCCAGGAUUCAAUAGUAGUUGGCAAAAGAAUUACACUCAGUGUGGUCCAUGCGCGUCGCACACUGCCUGCAUAUCGUGUCAAGAAACAUACAACGAGGGAGACCUGAUAAUACAAUGCAUACAAUGUGAAAGGUGGUUACAUUGCGCGUGUGACUCGAUCAAAAGUGAGGCAGAGGCUGAAAAGUGUGCGGAAGAAGGUUAUAUUUGUAUACUUUGUCGUCCAAGAGAUGUCCCACCGCCGCAUCUUUUAUCAAGUCAAUCUAAACCACAGCCAAAUAAAUAUCCCCGUUCUCCACCGCCAACGUCGCGCAGCCCCGAUUUGUACAAACCUUCCCCGCAACAAUAUUUGAUUGACGGUGUUUAUUUGUCCGAAGCUGGUAUGAAUCACAUUAAAUCGUUAACGUCUGAACACCAACAAACGAGAAAGAAGAGAAGAAAAAUGCAUCAUCUGAUAGAUAAGGAAGCUGAUAUAAUGGCUACGAUAGAGUCUGUAGUUGCCGGUGGAAGUUUAGAUAAUUCUUUAGAAGAAAAUGGAGGGAAAAUAGAUUUAUCGGAUGUUAAAGAUGAACCUACUGAGGUACUGAAAGAAGGGAUGGUAUGGACACCACGCGGCGAUCAACCACCGCCCGAAGGUUUUAGUAUUUAUACUACCGAAAAUGGUGUACCAAUAUUAAGACGUAAACGUCAGCGUAACUUACAAAAGCUCGGCAUCGGAGGUUUUAUCGUUAGGAUAAGAGGUACUCGUAAAGAUAAAGAAGAAGACGGAGAUCCUGAAAAACCAUCUGAUUCGACGGUCGGUGUUAACGAUGAUAAACCGCGCAGGAAACCGCAGAGAAGGAAACCAAAGACAAAACUUUCUGAAUGUUUUCCAACCUACAUGCAAGAGGCAUUCUUUGGGAAAGAUCUUAUGGAUACCACCAAAGAUAAAGAACUGGAAAGUAGUAGCGAAUCGGAUAGCGAACGAAAUAUAUCUGGAAAUGCGGACACCAUUCAGCUGUCUCAGGAUGAAUUGAAAGCGAUGGAACAAGUUAAAGCUAAACAAGAAAAAGAAGAAGAUAAAGUACCUUCAGAAACACCGAUCAAGCGGGAAGAAAUGAUGGAUGACGAUGGUAGCGAUACGGAAGCUCUUGGUGAUAUAUUACCUAUUUCAAGCGAUUUACUUGACAGUGAUCUUGUUAAUACUAUCAUGAACGAACAAGAUGAAGAUUUAGCAAAAGCUAGCGAAGCUUUGGAUGAACUGGACGACACCCCAGGCACGUCUAAAGACGAGCUGACAGACAUUCUUAGUCCACAUUUCAAUUUAGAAUCAAUGGUCAGAGAUACAGGUUUAACUAAUAUGGAUAGUAAAGACAUUGAAGAGAUAUUCAAAGGAGUUUUAACUGAUGAAUCUCAGGAAUCUCAAGAAUCGUCAGUUUUUCCGGUUCAAACUCAACCUCCACAUCCGUCAUCUACUACGACGCCUCUUGUGUCUCCUUCGCCGCAUCCUGGUAUACAAACAACGAUGCCUAUACCAAGGCCUCAAGUACCAGGUUCACUACCCUCUGUUGGUCAAUCGACUUUAAAUUCUCCAAUGAGUUUUCCACCACCAUCUCCGUACCAUUCAGAAUACAGCAAUAGUCCCCAAUUUAGCCCUGCUAUCUCUGAGCCACGAAGUCCGUGGGUUAACCCUGAUGACGAGGGUACCACGCAAACAGGCAGUACUACAAUUUCAUACAACCAAAGAAGUAAUCUUAAAAUGGAAGCUGAUGAAGCUUUAGGUUCAGGAGCAACUAUAUCUUCCGUACUGUAUGCUAAUCUUAACCAUCCGGAAUGGAAGACAGAAUAUCCAGCUUGGUCAGAAAGAUGCAAACAAAUAUUGAAGAAGUGGCGUGCGCUUCCAAAUGAUAAAAAAGCUCCAUACCUAACGUUGGCGCGGGAUAACAGGGCUGCAAUUCGUAUGAAAAAGACCCAACAGAUAUCCAAGGAUAUACCAAGCACGACCCCAGUCACUGCAACAAGUGCACCUACCAUCAUCACCAAACCUGUCACAACUAUGACAUCAGCUCAAGUUUCUCCAGUAGUAGCUAUGGCCUCCAACCAAAGGCAGAUCGGACUUUUGGCCUCGGUGGGCAGUGAUAAAACACAGGAUAAGAAUGGAAUGACUGUGUCCGGAACAGGAGUGACAGUGUCAACAGCUAGCAGUAAUCAUCAUGCGGAGGUGUGUGCGGUGCAGGGACCGCCGAAGCAGCUAACAUCUACUUCCCCGAGUCCUUCUCCAACAUCCACGACCCCUUCUUCUUCACCCAGGCCCAGUUCUGUCAACUCUGUUAACUCCAUUAACAGCCUGGCACACCAAGAGAUAUCCGGUAGCCAGGCUAGAGUAGCUCAGUCGCCAGCCACGCCUUGCACAUCAGCAACUGCUUCUUCUUCUUCUUACUGCAACACGGGCGCCGGUGAAGGGCAGCAUCAAACGUCACCAUCCCAGCAACGUCCUACACCUGCUCACAUUACGAUCAGUACCAGUACUAUCGCUAACAGUCUGAGCAUUUCUCAGUCAUCCCCCACUACCAACGUUAUGGUGGGGGUAGGUCCUGUUCGCCAAUUAUCCUCGGUAGACCACCAGAUUAGAGUGCUCACCCCAUCUGAAAUCAUGCGCACCCUUCCCUCCCUCAGCCAGGAGCACUACGAUCCGCCACCCACUGCAAUUAUUCACACUGUACCUGUACAGUCCCCGGCUAUGGAACAAGAAAGACUUUCCAAUAGAGAUCGUUCUAGCCGAGAAGCUGAACAAGAACGUCAAUGGAAACAAUUACAAGCAUUACGCCAGCAACAAGCACAGAUGCAACAACAAGUUAUUCACGAACAGCGUGUACAUGCUAUCGCUAGAGUUCAUAGACAAAUAAGCGAAGACAAUACAACUCAAAUAAGUAAUGACAAUACCACAGGAUUAACCACACAAUUGCAAGUGUCUACGUCACAGGAUGGAACUCAUAUGGGACCACUAGCCUCGCCAUCACCUGGGUCACGAAAUACAUUUGCGACACCUCCUGUGAAAGUUACGCGAGGAUUAGCACCGCAAAGCCCUCAUCAAGGUAUACCACGUUUACCCAAUCAACCGUGUGCGACCAUGACUCGUCCAGUUGGGACAGUGGUUAGGCCUGGGAUGCCGAACAAUUUCACUCAACCACCGUCUCCGUUUUCUCCUCAAGCUCCGCAAUCCCCUCACGAUUUCCCACAGUCGCCAGCCUCGUCGCAAUCUCAGGACCAUUUUCAACGUUUUGACAAUACCGAUGCUUACUCUCAAGGUUCCCAAACGCCCAGAUCACAGAUAUCUGGUACACCCUCGUAUUCCACGUCUCCCAGAAGCGACGUGUUUCCUCAACCACCAGGUACACCAAGGCCUAUGUUUAAUGCUCCUACUACUCGUCCUUCUACCCAUGUAUAUGCACCAUCUCGUACACCUGAUCCAUACAGUAGCCAGCCUCCUACUCCCUCGCCCGCUCCAAAUUACUCCUCGCCGAGGCCGGAAUCUCGACAAGAUUCGCAGCAGCCUGAAGUGUUCAAUCAACAACCAGAAGUGAAUAGACAGUUACGUGAUCUUUUGCAAAGACAACAAUUUAGUAAAAAGAUGGAACCUGCCAGCACUACGUGGAACCAAGAUGGUCAGAACAACACUGAAAAUAACCAACAGCAAUUCGACACAGCUCAUGUACAACUUCCGCAACAUUCUCAAGCGACAAGCAACACGGGUGAAGGUACUUUCAGGCAUCCUCUUCCUCCUGGUAUUGUCAGACCCAGGAUGCCUAUGCAGCCAAAUGUUCUGAUAAGAAAUCAAAUUGGAAUAACAUCGAGGCAUCCUGUGGCAGGGAACGUGGAUGCCAGGGUUCAGAAUAUGGAUCCACGUACGAGGAUGCUUUUGCAAAGACCGCAGGUGGCUGCGAGCAUACCUCAACAACAUUUUCAAGGGAAUCAAACUAUACAGACGCGAAUGCCAGCUGUAAGAAAUUCUAUUACAGAACCUUAUGAUGUUUUACAACAACAAAGGUUUCCAGAUACCAGUCAAGGUCAAAAUAUGGGUCAACGCAUUGUACGAGCACCUCAGGAUAAUUUAAAUCAAGGAAUUAGGAUGUUAAGUUCGCAAGCGGUUGGGACAAGAGCACCUCUUAUACCAACGACGGUUAGCGAAGCUACUGUGAGUCCGUCUGAACCAUCAGAGAUUCCGGACAAUGUGACUGCAGAGCUUGAGAAAUUGGAACAAGAAGGAGCGCCGAUGGUCGAGGUCGAAGGAGAGGGCGUGAGUGCAAUAUUAGGUGAAUUAGGUGACGAUGAUGACGAACUCCUUGCUGAAAUGGGAGCAGAUUUUAAUAUUUUGGAAUACGCGGAUCCUGAAUUAGACAACAUAACCGGUGGCGAGAAAACAAAUAUACUUGAUUUAGAUUUAGAGCAAGUCGAGGUGGAGACCAAGGAAGAGAAACAGAAGAAAGAAGUUAAGGACGAGGAGCGAAAAUCGAAUGAAUUAAGCGGAACUAGCGCGGUGCAUUCAGAUAUGAGUGACACGUGUACGACAACCACUGUACAAACACCUACAGAAACGUCCAAUGCUCCGACGCAAGCACAAACAGUAGCUCCCAUUACCGCGUCUCAAACACCGCAGCAACCAUCUACGAUUAUGCCUCAGUCGCAUGCUCAAGCUGUUGUUGUGCAGCAACAAAUGCAUCAGCACGUGCAACAAGCAGCGGCAAUGGGAAGACCUAUGCCUCCAGGAACUCGGUUGCUUUCGCCUGAUGGAGCAGUUGGAGUUGUUACGUCGACUAACACCGUCACGGUCAGUUAUCCGUCCACAUUCCCAGGACACCCUCAAAGAAUACCACAAACGCAUAUCCAAGUAACUCCACAGCAACGUCUUAGUAUGAGAGUAACGGGUGUACCAAACGUGGCUGGUAGAGUGGUUGCAGUGAAUCACAUGAUCGGUCCACGUAUGCCACUGGCGCCACCACCCCCGCCACCUCCACCUCCGUAUCCUGGACCACCGCCGCCUUAUCCCGGACCUAUACAGAUGGGGCUGUGCCCAGGUGGGCGGGGUAUGACGCGGCCCCCAGUCCAUAUAGGGCACCCAGUACCCGUGGCGGGUCCACCAAUGGCCCCUGUGGUACAUACUGGUACGCCCGCAAUGACACCUCACCCUCACCGAAGACCCUUGCUUCUGCAGUCGUGUUCACAGGAACAACCAUUAUUGUUGGAGGAAUUGUUGGAGCAAGAAAAACGUGAACAAGAAAAGCAACAGCAACAACAGCAGCAGCAGCAGCAGCAACAACAACAACAACAACAGCAGCAGCAGCAAAGCGACAGUACGACUUCUGGAGGAUCUCUAUUAAGUGACAGUGAGUUUGAAAGAUUUAAAGCAGAUAUUUUGGGAUCUGCACCUCUUGCUUCUCCUCCACAAGGAAUUACAUCAGUACCUGGAGGAGUUCCUGUAAUUAGGCCACCUUGUACACCAACACCGCCAUCCGCUCCAGGUAACAGUUGGCAACAGGCAGUACCGGAUGCGACAAAACUAGCAACCCAAGUGCCCAGGCAACCUAUUGCUACCCAGACUCCACCUGAACCAAGGGUUGCUACGUUUAACAUCUCUCAGAUUCCCGCUCCGCCAACGCCACCGGAGAACAUUGUAAACGAACAGGAUCGUCAAGUACAACUGCAGUACGAGCAGUGGCUAAAUCACCAGCACCAAGUGUUGACACAACAGUUGAAGUAUUACGAAACUGAGGUACAAAAGCUGCGUAAAAUACGAAAAUCUCUCAAUAGCAAGCAACGUCAGCUAAGAAAAUCUGGGAACGAACUUACGGAGAACGACGCAGCGGAACUGCAACGUAUCUCGAGCGAGCAAGCGAUAUUGCAGAAACAUCUGGACGCGAGUCGCAAGCAAACUCGUCAGCACGGCAUGUUGAUACAAGACUAUCAUAGUAAACAGCAACAGAGACAACCUCAGCAACAAAAUAGCGAACCGUGUUCACCGUUGAUGUCGCCAUCUCAACAAUCACCGAUGCACAGUCCUGCUGCGCUGGUUUCUCAAAGCCCGGGACCUGGAAAUGUUCCUGCAAGCAUGAUACAGCAUUCACCGGCUACCCCCAUCAUCCAGCAUAGCCCGAAUCCACCGUUACUGCAACAUAGUCCUGGAAAUCCUCAGUCAGGAAAUCCAGGAACAAUGUCGCCUCACAAUAUGCAACAGUCUCCUAGGAUUGGAACUCCGCAUUCGCAGAACGAGGAAAGUCCUUUCAGUCCUGGUGCUAUGCCAUCGCCUGGGAUGUGUGUCCCUUCAGGGAAUCGAAUGACGUCUCCGCAACAUCGUGCAAUCAUCAGUGGAAGACUUGCGACCAGCCCGGGCGCCUUCACUCCGGAUACUCGAAACGCUCAGCAAAUCAUCGGAGAUCAAACUGUUCGAGUUCACGGUCUGACUCAACGUUUCGUCCGUCCACCGGCUGUGGGAGAGCCUGGACAAAGGCCCCGGUUGCAACUGCAAGGAGGAAUUGUAUAUGGACAGCGUUCGCCGCUCGGAAGUCCUCAACCUACGCAACAAUCUCUGAUAAAUCAACAACAUCAACAAAUGCUCCAGAGACAGCAAAUUAUUCAGCAGCAGCACGAGAACGCUGGUAUUCUUCAAGAUGGCCAGAACGCUAUUACUCAGCGUACAAUACAAAUGGCACAGCAGAGACAGCAAAUGCUGCAACAACAGCAGCAGCAGCAACAAAUAGUACAACAGCAGAGGCAACAGUUUUUGCAAAUGCAACAGCAACAACAACAGCAGCAGCAGCAACAACACACGAUGCAGAAACCGCCAAGUUCUCCGAUGGUCUCCCAACCUGCGAAUUCUCCGAGUCCUCAACUUCACCAACAGAUUCAGCAAAAUUAUGGACAACCUCCGAGUUCACCCAUGCCUCGCAGUCCUAUGGUUCAACAGACAAUGGGCUCGCCGAUGCUUCAACAACAAUUGAGCCAAACUUCUCAACCUCCUAGCCCGAUGAACACGAGAAUUCAUCAUCCACCGAAUUCACCGAUGAUAUCCCAGUAUCAACCAACCAGCCCGAUGUCUCGUAAUCAUCCUUCGACGUCGCCGAUGCUGCAGCAUCAACUGAACAACACUCACCAUCCUCAAACGUCUCAACCGCCCAGUUCUCCGAUGCCGAGAAGUCCGAUGGUCGGUGGUUCGCCCAUGCAGAUGCAGAGAAGGCAAUCCACUGGCAACAGUCCAGCGAUGCCGGAUCGACCUCAAAGCGUAGAGAAUCCAGGAACACCGAGAACACCGCACACUCCACACACACCGCAUACACCGCAUGGUUCUUACGCUCCGAAUUCGAACAACAUGACGGUAACGAAUGAUCAACAACAGCAGCAGUUACAACAGUCCCAUCAGCAUCAACAAUCUCAUACGCAAGACCAAACAUCUUCCACGGAUCACACGAACAGAGGUGGAGGCAAUCCGCAUAAUCCAAUGAAUCCGAUACCGCUUGCAAACAUUUUUGGAAGGUAUGGAUACUUCAAACUCGGACUGAGGGGUGGUUCUCCCAUGUGGUCGACUAAGGCGGAGACCAGCAAAGGGAAAACCUCGGAAUCGCACUUGUUGAAUAUAGACGAGAAACCGAACACUUCCGUGGUGGUACACAGGAAGACUGGUAUACCACAGUCGAAAAUCAAUUCUUUAGUGUGUGCAGACUACAAUGAUUUCGAUGACGAUUCACGAACACCACCUCAGACACCACCGACCACCAUAGAGACCAAGCAAACAACGUCUUUGUCCGAUAACGGGCCCUUAACUCUGGGUAGUCCGAGCAGCAAGAUGGAGCCUAUACCCGACACCACCGACUACGACGACGAUAAAACCAUUGUGAACACGGAGGUAACUUUGAGCUCCACUGCGCAACGAGACAGCGACGAUAUUACGGUCAUAGACCAGUUCGGAGAUUCCGAACUGGUCGACGUGAUAUCGGGGACGCUGGAAGGCGACAUGCAGGAGGAAUACGUUCUCUUCGAACCUGGAAUGGUGGUAGACUUAUCAGCGGAUAGCAACGAUUCUCUUUGUCAGGCGUUGGUCAACGAGGGUAGUCAAGGACACGAUUUAGUACAAAUAUUGGAGAUCGAGAAUCCGGAAUCCCAAACGGACGAGCCGAUCCUCAGCGACGAAGACCUGGUCCCCUCUCAUCCGAGAAACAAAAAGGGCCUCAGACUGGACAUUGUGAGAACCUUGCAAUCUUGUAAAAGCUUUGUCACCGUCACGGAUACACCCGAGUCGCCUGAUCAAGAGGAACUCCGCGUCGAUCCGUCUCCCGGCGCCUACAUGGAUCAGUCGCCUGAACAAGAUCUCAUGGUGUCUUUCGUCAGCGAAUCCGAAGUUGUGAUCAUUGAUCCCAGCACGAAGUCGCCUGAGGACAACCUGUCGAAGGAAUCUUGCCACGAAGAGGUUGAGAAAACUGAGACCCCGGCUGUAUCCGAGGCGCCGAAAGAGAACGCCGUUGCCGAAUCGACCGCCGAGGAUCAGUGUAAACCGCAGAAAGAAUCAAAAGUAACUAGGAGUCCUCCGUCAUUCGUGUUCUGUAAUAAUGUUCUAUACAAUCAAAUUCCACCUUCUAGCAUUCAUCAUGCGAACAUAGGUGUACCGUCUACCUACAAGUCCACCGUAGCCUUAGGAACUUCGGCAAGUACAAACGCUGCCAGCGGCAACAACAAAAAUACCAUCACCGGCAUAUCUACCAGCGUGUUAGUAGCAACAGAAACGCCCGUUAAAUCAACCUCUAUCUUUACAACAUUGAACAUGACAAAGGACGCGGUGUCUUCGACUUUCAACAAUCAAAAGCAACUACCGUCGACCAUGGCUAGCAUCGUCGCGGACGCUAAAAUCGCGGCGAAACUCAGUCAAACGGCUUUGGAGAACAUUGCUGUUAGUUCGCAGCAGAGUACAAUGAAAUCAGAACCAUUAGCAACGAUCUGUUCGCCGAGUAUAGAAAUCACCAAGCUUCAGACCACAUUCGCCGACAAACUGAUAUCUUCGGUGCCCAAUUUACACAAUAAAAUAACGAGUUUCGUGCAAAAUGCCGCGACGAGUACAACGGUGGAGUCAGGUAAUCCUACGAAAUUGAUAUUGAGCGUGCAACCAACGUCUGUCACGUUGUCCACGCCGAAGAUGUCCAUUCCUGAUCUCCCUAAAAAGGAGAAUGGUAAUAGUAACUCUGUGACGAAAGAGAAACAACUGGAUGUUUUGGAGAAGCCUGCGAAGGUGAGAAAUGAAAAGGACGAGACUGAUCAUUCAGCGAAAAAUUCGGACGAAACUGGCGUGAAUAAUUCAAGCGCGAACGUAGCGACGAGUACAGCUUCCAGUCAAGAAUUAACAUCCAACGAAGAGAAGAAGAACGAUCUUUUGAAUACGACCGAUGAACUAGAAAGUAUGCUUGAGGCAAUUCAUAAUCCUGCUGAAAACACCAUAAGCAGAGAGAACUCACGUGCGGAUAGCAAGACGGACAGUGCUUCCUCCAUCAAAAGAAUAUCACCAGUUACCGACGAUUUAUCUUUGGUAAAUAUUUUGGAGAAUGAUUCCGAGCCAGCCGAGAACGAGAACAAAGACGAAAGUGUAGCAACGUCAGAAGCUCAAAGAGUUAAUAAUAAAUCAAAAGAAAUUGAAACAAGCAUCGCGGAUAACAGUAACUUGAAUAUCACUCAGAAAGAGAAGAAGCACGAGCAAGAAUUGUGUACGGAUAUUGAAACUAGCAAACCUUAUGUACCGCACUGCCUUAACGAGGAGAAGGGUGGUAUAAUGGAGGAGUCGUCUGACGAUAUAUUAGACAUGCUACACAACAUCAUAUCGUCGAAACCAGAAAUGGCAAACAGUGAUAUGCUUCAAGAAGAUAGAUCCAGGAAGUCGAGCAUGAUGUACGAAUUGCCAACACCUCUGGACACCUUACCUUUGAAUAUACUUCAAGAUUCUUUGAUGGAUCUCGAGCAAGAGCACUCGGAUAACGAGCAUCUUUUGACGAACGAAAAUAAAGGACCAAAAGUACAACCGAAAACAAGUUCACCUCCUGUAGAAGUAACACCGAAGAAGAGCUCUCCGAUUCCUCAGCAGAGCGCUCCUUUGGUAGCUAGCACCAUAGCGCAGUUGCAAAAGUGUACAACCACGGUACCUCAUCUUUCUCCUCUGUCGAAACCUACCGAAUUGACGUCGAACGUUGCGAACGUGUCCCAUCAAUUGAGAACGUUACUUUCUUCCUUACAGACUAAUCCCUCGCAAAAUUGUACAACCGUGAAUCAGACCAUCACCAUGGUGUCCUCGGCAAUCUCCGUGUCAAAAGUAGGAAACAUACUGACCACGAUGAGCUCGUCUGCGCCAAACUCUGUAAAUAAUCUGCAUAGUAACGCGAACGUUCGGUUGCAGACAUGUAUAACCACCUCCCAUUCAACGGCCACGUGCAAGGCAGAUUUGGAGACGACGGCCGCUAGUUAUACUCCUCAUUCAAAGGAAAGUACAAAUUCUACGAUAAGCGUUGUUUCUACUUUGUGUAAGGUCACCCCUUCGGAUCCGUUUUUACGAGUCGCAUCGAGUGCGAUGCAGUCGCAGCCUACCAGUAGUAUAUCCCUGCAAACGUCAUCUGUAAUCACACCCAGACCGCCAACGAAUUCAGGGAUCUCGAUCACUUCGAACGCGAUACUGAACGCCAUGUUAGCUGGCACCAAUUCUGCGAAGCCUACCAUCGCUGGUCAUCGAACCAACACCGCUCCAACUCAGACCAGCAAUCUCUUGAGCUCUGUUAUGGCUACGUCGGUGCAACGGACGCAGAGUCUUCAAGCGAUCCUGCAAGUAAGUUCAGGUUGUUCCUCGGCACCAUCUCGAGUGGUGGUUAACGCCACCUCGACGACCGUGACCACGUCCAUGCAGUGCGUCAGGACCAUCGUACCUCCCAUAGUUACUACAAGCACCAACAGCAUCAACGUCACUACAAGUAUCUUACAGUCGACCCUGUCUCAGACGCCAACGUUGUUGCAUUCUCAGCUCGCGUCUGGUCCGACUCAAUACAAGUUAGCCGGACAUCUGACAGUGGACGGGAAGAGCAACGAGCUUGAGAGGCUAGCGCAAAGCACACCCUUGAAGAAGGAGUCGGAGGAAUCCAACUGCAAACCUCAAUCGGCACUGGACAAGCCACCAACCGCAAGGCUGGAAUUGGAUGGGAAUAAGAGCUCUACUGGUUCCCAUAGGAUGGAGGAAUCGCAGAAUGUAUUGUUGAAACAACUUCUACAGAACACUGCAUGCGCGACGACCACUCUGUGCUCCGGUUCUUCUCAAGGACCCAGCUUACCGUUGGUACCGUCGUUGGAGGCGCAGCUGGCUAGACCGGUGCCUCCCACUCCGUUCUCUGUGUUACCACCUUUGCUGAACGAGGUGCCAGCACCCAAGACCACCUGCAACAAGCAAGUUUUAAACAGAGAGACAUCGUUUCUGUCGCAAUCGGUAACGUCCUCGAAGGUGCAAAGUCCUCCUACCAAGGAGGAACCACCUAAACCACCCCCGCCGCUUUCCACAUCCGCGCCGGUUCUAUCACAGCAACGGGUGGUCGACACCUUCGUCAAGCAACAGAUCACGACCCAACCUCCGAAGACUACUACUGUCGCCACUCAAGCGAAUCAACAGCCGACGACGACGAUCAGCAAGCAAGUACCACCCCCGCUUGCGACCAAAACCUCGGAGACGACAACGGCCAUCAAACAGGAACCGAUCGUUUCUCAGCCGCAGGCAAAGCUUACAAACGAUCCUGUGGUUAACAGUACUGUCCCCGUUCAGGAACAGUGCGUGUCGACCGCUAUUGCCGUUUCACGAGUGAUGCCCCAAACGAAAGCCGUGAUCACAACGGUGGCUGCUAAAAGUAUCCAGUCCAGCACCCAAGUAUCGUCGAGUACCGUUCAAACGUCCCAAGUGUUAACGACUGUCACGACUGCUCAGCCGCAGCAGCAAAGCCAGCAAACUCAACCCCAGAUACCGGUAACCCUGAAAUCCAUUGUCUCGACCCAGCAACAAUCCCCGCAUAUAAACACAAUACCGCCAUCAGUGCCUCAUACGGUGUCUCACACUGUGGGCCACCAAGCCCAGGCGUCACAGGGUGCAAAUGCACAACACACAGUGCCUUUAGUGGAAGUCAAAAAGGAAGUUCUUGAUGAAGUUCUAUCUAGCGGUACACCUACCCAAUUAACCGAUACCAAAGACUUUCUUACUGCCAAAGAGGAGCUUAUGGAUGGAUCGAUUGACGACAAAACUGAUCUCAAGAAGUUCAAGAGGCGACAAUAUCAACAGAAACGGAAACAAAGCCAGGGAAAAGACGCGGCUACAGCGCCUCAGAAGAAGCGCGCUAGGAAACCAUCCCGCUUAGACGAGGAUUACGACACGUUCAUUGACAAUUUAAUGAUACAAUUACGGCAACUUCAACCAAUGGCAGUAUUAGAACCACUUCUUGGUAGAAAUUACGGCGUGUGCCCCAUCUUUGGCUCGGGGGACCUGACGAAAAUCGGUAGUCAAAAGGAUUAUAGUACCAGAACAGGAGAUUUAGUUGGUUCAUACGGAUCUGCGACAUUGCCUGGUGUAUCUGAUCACUAUAACACCCAACCGUUCGGUGAAUUAGAACCCUUACCACCUCAGCAACCUGCUUCCACUCAAAGAGGAUUCUAUGAUCAAGAAUUUCCGCCUCUUAAAUUGGACGAUUCCGACGAAAAGAAAGAGAAUUCUUUGUCAAUGAACCGCGACGUCGAUUCUCCUGACACGAUAGUCAGUUCAUCUUCGCCCGAAUGCGUGAUCCCAGAAUUCAUUCAUCGAUUCCCAGGUUUGAGAUUAAUCGAAGAAGAAUCGGACGAAGAAUCGGAUUGGCUGAAACGAGUUUCACCCGUGAUACCUUUAAUUUCACCAAUACCAAUUAGACUGAAACCAACUUACAUUAAGGAUACCUCUAAGCAAGACAAAGAGAACCUAGGAAUACCUCGCCUUGGAAAAUCUCCUCCAAUACCUUUGAGAGAUGGCAACAUAACAGUUACAUUGACAUUGAACAGUCAGGCUGCGGAUGAUAUAAUGGGAGUACUUAAGGAUUUGGCUAAUAUUUUAAAUAUUGCUCCUCCUACUGGUUACCAGAUAGUAGAACGUACUACUACUCCUCCUAGUCAGAAAUUAGGUCUUUACAGAACCAAGGGAAAAGAUGGUAAAGAAGGAGCCCCGAUUGAUAUACAAAGUAUUUUGAAUGGCGCCGCGAAAUUUUGUCGUCAUUGCGAUGUUGUGAUAUUAAAUAGUUUAAUAAGAAAGAAAGUAUCAGAUUUACCAUUUUUGAGUAAGGAAGAAGCUGAGCCUGGCGAUGAACUAUGUUUCUGUUCGGCAGCCUGUUACAUGCAGUUUGCCCUAAUGCAUAGAACACCUUCAAACACGCAAGAUAAGGCUGCUACAAUAGUAGAUCAUCUGUGUCAUAAUAAAUUAGAUGCUAAGGUAUUGGAUGAUGAUUUCAAAAAGGGAAAGAAAUUUGUGGUCAAACAGCCGGUCGAACAUGUUGAAAACAUGGAAGUGGAUCAAAUAGAGAAGGAACCUGAAAUUAAAAUUAAAAUGGAGAAGGAAGAGCAAGACCUGCCUGAAACAAGGGAUGAAAUGUUAGAUGAUAAACGACCGAAGAAACAUUCAGUGAUGGAGGAGUCUUCGACUGAAUCGACUGAACCACAACCACCUGCUAAAGUAUGGAGAGGCUUGCGGUACAAAGCUUGGUCUGUUGGCUCGAUGCAACCUCCAACUAAGUACAAGAAACCAACCGACAAGGAAAUCACUGAGAUGCUUUUCCGUAUGGGAGUGACUGUAGUACCUGCCAAAGCGGAAGACAGUCGACGAUGCAUGUUUUGUCACAGUCAAGGUGAUGGUACAGCUGAUGGUCCUGCUAGAUUACUUAAUUUUGACGUCGACAAAUGGGUGCACUUAAAUUGUGCCCUAUGGUCGGAAGAUGUGUAUGAAACUGUAAAUGGUGCCUUGAUGAAUCUCGAUACCGCUUUACAACAUAGUCUUGUAUUAAAUUGUAUCGUUUGCGAGAAGCCGGGAGCUACAGUAAAAUGUUUUAAAAUGCGCUGCACCAACGUGUACCACCUUGGCUGCGCCGUUAAAGAUGGCUGUGUUUUUUAUAAGAAUAAGAGUACCUAUUGCUCUCAGCACGUUCAAAAGAACGAGAAAGAUAACGAGUUGACUACGUUAUCAGUAUACAGAAGGGUGUACGUUAACCGAGACGAGAACAGACAAGUUGCGGCUGUGAUGCAUCAUUCGGAACACAAUCACCUGUUGAGAGUCGGAAGUCUAAUAUUUUUAAGCGUCGGACAGUUGCUUCCGCAUCAGCUAGCCAAUUUUCACACACCUAAUUACAUAUACCCUGUUGGAUACAAAAUCGUUAGAUUCUAUUGGAGCAUGAGAAGGCCGAACAAACGUUGCCGUUACGUGUGUUCUAUCCAUGAUGUUUCCGGCCGACCAGAAUUCAGAGUACUUGUACAGGAACCUCUGCAAGAGGACGUCGAAUUAAGGGAUGCAACGCCUCGUGCCGUUUGGAGCAGGAUCCUCGAGCCGUUAGCCGAAUUACGAAGAUCUACGCACAGUGUCCAGUUGUUUCCGCGUUACGUAUCUGGCGAAGAUUUAUUUGGACUAACCGAGCCAGCUGUCGUUCGUGUUCUCGAAAGUCUUCCAGGCAUCGAAACCUUAACCGAUUACAGAUUUAAAUACGGUCGAAAUCCGUUGUUAGAAUUGCCGUUAGCGAUUAAUCCAACCGGUAGCGCGAGAACGGAGGCUCGUCUACGAAAUCAGCUUCCUUGGAAGAGGCCGCACACGCAGCGUACCGGUUCGUCGGCCAGGGCUGCUUUUGUCCCGACCGCGACCGUCGCCGGUGAAGUGGCUUGUCCCUAUUCGAAACAAUUCGUUCAUUCCAAGAGUUCACAGUACAAAAAGAUGAAGCAAGAAUGGCGUAACAACGUGUACCUGGCACGCUCGAAGAUCCAAGGUCUGGGAUUGUACGCGGCACGGGAUUUAGAGAAACACACUAUGGUCAUCGAGUACAUCGGCGAGAUAAUUCGUACUGAAUUGGCUGAAACUAGGGAGAAGCAGUAUGAAGCAAGGAAUCGUGGUAUUUAUAUGUUCCGGUUGGACGAAGAGAGAGUGGUCGAUGCGACGUUAUGCGGAGGUCUUGCAAGGUAUAUCAAUCAUUCUUGUAACCCGAAUUGUGUCGCUGAAAUCGUUGAGGUCGAACGUGAUCUUAGAAUCAUAAUCUUUGCAAAGCGAAGAAUCUCACGUGGCGAGGAGCUGGCAUACGAUUACAAAUUCGACAUAGAAGAUGACCAGCACAAGAUAGCAUGCGCAUGUGGCGCGCCUAACUGCCGCAAGUGGAUGAACUAAAGAGCUCGAUCCACGGUUGUUAUUGUUACUACGUUAUUGGGUAGGUUUUACAUGAAGAAAAAAAAAGAAAAGAAUUAUAUAUAAAUAUAUAUAUUAUAUUUAUAUAUAUUUAUAUAUACAUAGACACAUUAUUUAAUUUGUAAAGUGCCAUUGCAGUUUGACUAAUUGAAUUCAUAGUGAAGUUGGUGCUAUGCCAUCACAACAUUCCUCCAAAGUUGUACAAUAUUAGUUUUACUUUACAAAAAAUAGAACAUUGAUCGCUUGUAUAUUACGGACACUCUUUAAAUGACACGACACGAGAUAAUUGAGAAACAAAUUUUUAUGGGUCGUGUGUAUGUAUACAGAAAGUUUGUAUCUUUGUAUGUUGAGUAGGGUCAACGUUUAGUUGACCUUUAUUGUAAUAUAAAUCGUUUAUUAAUUAUUAUUGCAUAUACAUUGCACUGUAUCUGUAAAUAAGUAGAGAAUCCAUGUUAUUUUGAAUCACCAGAUGAAUUAUGUAAAAUAACAGUAUCUAAUUUAGAAUUAUAUACAAUUAUAACUAUUUCAUUAUAUGAUAAUAAAUCCGUACAAAAUCUAUUGAUACCUUCAUUUUUGUAAAUACCUCUUUAUUGUGUAAUUCGAUUUGUUAGCGUUUCGUAGGAAAAAAUAUAUAUAUAUAUAUAAAGAAAAAACAAUAAAUAAUAGUUGUCAUAUACAAUUUUGAUGAAGUAUACAAACAUUUUGCCGUCGUGAAUGUUCAUUUUAAAUUGUAUUUGUGAUGCAAUUAUUUAUGUUUUCAUACUAUGCUUGUAGAAAUACAAACUAUGCUUUUAAAUUGAUCAAAAAAGAAAAGAAAAAAAAAUAUUAUCAAAGAGAACAAACUUCUAUGAUUAAGGAACAUUUCUUCCUUCAAAGAAUUUUUAUUAUGAACCGCGAAAAUUUGUAUACAAAUCAUGUGUAUAUAAUUAUAUAUAUAUAUAAUUACUAGGGACUUCAAAAAAAUGAUGUAAAAAUUGUUUCUAUUAUACUAAUACUUGAUGUAACGUUGUAACACAAUGAUGUAAUGUAAAACAAUUGAAUUUAUUUUUUAAUAAUAUAUAAAGAUCUAUUGACAGAAGAAUUUUUGAUAAAUGUGUUUUACCAUACAUGGCAUUUUUAUCAAAGUGUUAAUAACUCCAACGUUUCAUUUAUCACAUAACGAAAGAAAAUACAUAAAAAAGGAUAAAAGAGAAUUGUAUUUAGCAUUUAAUUAAUUUCAUUCGAAACUUAUUGGAACACAAAUAACGAUAGAAUGUUCCAAGGAUAAAAGGAUGACUUAACGAUAAUGAAUCAUGUUCGCAAUUUUAUUUUUCGCAAAUGUAAAAUAAUAUUUACAAAGUGAUAUAUCGCAUGUACACAAAAGUACACAGUCAUUUCUUAAGUUUCACAGUUAGUAAUAAGGGGAAAAGAUACAAAGAAACUAAAAAUAAUAUAUACAAUGAGUAUUCGAUUGCAAAGAUGUGUCGCUAUGAAUUUAUACAAAUUCUCGAUGGAAUCUUCGUAAAACUUUUAUUUUGUACAAUUAAAAAACGAGAACAGAAAAAUAUAUAUAAUUAAAGAUUUCCAUAAACUGUAAACGUAACCGAUAUUAUUAUAUUUAUAUGUAUGUAUAAACUUGCUAGAACGAAAAGGAGAAAGAGAGCAAAGUACAUCACAAAAAAUAGAAUAUGCAGGCGAAUAUAGAGUAAAGAAUGUAAUGUAACCGGUGAAUAUGUGAAUGUAAAUGCGAAUAAGAAAAUACAUUGCAAUAAAAAUGUAUUUUAAAUGCGAUUCUUUGGCAUUUAUGCACGAUACAAUUGUAAGGCGAUCCUAACGUUACAAUAGUAACUUAUGUACAAUUUAAAGAAGUUUAAUUAUCACCUUAAGCGUUAAAAAAUAAGUACGGAACAAGGUACAACGCUUACAAUUAAAAAAAACCACUUGUAUACUAUUGACGUGUCGGAUAACAAUAUUACAUUUGUAAAUGUUGUAUAAAAAAACAAAAAGAAAUGAAGUUUUCUCGCAGAUUUUGUAAAUUCAUACCUGAUCGGUAUUCGACUAAACACAUCGAUGCUGAUUGUAUAUUGUAUAUUGUUUCUAACGCGAUGAAUCUCUAGCGAGGAUUUUUCGAGUAUUUUAUCUAAAAAAGAAAAAUAGAAAGAAAAAAAAAAUAGUUUUAUUAUAUUGAGCGAUAUCGGUUGCUUUUUAAAUAUUACGCUUGUAACGCGAGAUCCAUGCAAUUUGUCUUCAACUUUAUAUUAGGUAAAAUUUGUAAAUUGUAAUAGUCAUUUUCUUUGUUGUGUAAAUCAUUGUAUUAAACGGUAAUUUCCUUGAUCGAUGUAUGAGAGAUUCUCGAUAGAGUAGCUUAUUGUUAGGUUUCUUAAAAUACAUAUCAAGCUAAUCAUGUUUGCAAAACGAUCGGUUUGGCAAAUUUCCUAGGACUUAAUUGAGAGAACAUUAGUAGAAGUUUGUAAUUAGAGUUCGAACCAUGUCUUAAUUUUCAAAAUUAAGCUGCAAUAAACUUGUUUGAUGAUAAA